ACCCGGCCUAAUGAUGAUCCGGUGCCUAUAAUAAUAUAUCUAGUGUUUCAUGUUUUUUCUUUUUCUUCAUUUCAGGUAAAUGCCCUUGAUUCAAAACAGUACCUCCAACAGUAGAUUUCAGACUGAUACAGCUUCAAGAGUACGCAAUUUUCGUACUCGCUUUCUAUCAAGAUAUAUUUAUAGCGACCCGGAAGAGCGUCACUAUUAUGCAAGACACAGUUUACACUCCAGAAGAAACUUAAUAGAAGACGAAGAAGACGAAGCUGAAACAGUGGUCACAGGACCACGAUAUCACGCCAAUAGUAGUAAUAGUAGCAGUAGCAGUAGCACUAUUAGUACCGGCAGUAGUAGUAGUAGUAGUAACAGUAGUAGUACAAGUAACCAUGGUAUCAGUAGCAGCGAUGAAGAUGAUACGACAGGAAUCCUUCAUCGUUCACCUAUUGACUUGUAUCGACUAGCCAUUAGAACCAACAACGAGAUUUUAGAAGACCUAGCGGCCAUCAUCCGGAUUCUUCGACAAAUGAACACAAUCUAUCGCAUAUUUAACAACAACAACUAUCAUAGCACAUUGGGUUAUUCAGCAGAAGGAGAUGAAGAAGAAGCAAACAAACUACUGGAGGCCGGUUUAUCUGACUUGCAAUCUGUCCUAAGCACAGAGCACAAGAGACAAUCUACGCUGGCCUUGCUGGCUCUUCUCACGUGUCAUCAUCAUAAUGAACAUGGUCAUGGCUGUUCGGACCAGUAUCUUCGUCAAUAUCUCGAUCCAGAUGGAGAAUAUGACCCACGUCUAGCAAUAUUUGCUGCAGCCAUCUACGACGACGAAUUCGAGCUGGAACCCAAAUCAUGCAGAGACAUUAUGAUUGCAGCUGAAGAAAUCUGUGGACCUGCCUGGUUGGAUGAGUUUCAUAAGGAAAAGGAAAGCGCGCUAAGAAAGAUGCUAGAAAAACUUGCCUUUGUGGCCAAGAUUCGACUAAAAAUACGCGACGAAUCAAAUACAAGGGUUGUCCGCUAGAGAUCACCCAAAAAAAAAAAGGAGAACCCUGAGGCACUGAUAAAUUUUAAUUGGUGGAUUCUUUUUAUGGAAAUCCAAAAACUUAUCUCUUUCGGAUCGAUUAGUUUAAAUAAAGACUUUUGGGG